AAUAUUCAUUUUGUUAAGAUAAAACAUGGUUGACUUACAGAGUAAGUGUCAGAUUUGUGAGGGUUGUCAGGAACCAAUUCUGGAUAGAUAUUUCCUUCUUGUCAAUGACGCGUGUUGGCACAUAGACUGUCUCCGGUGUUGUGUCUGCUGCGCUUCUCUUGAGCAGAAGGAAACCUGUUUCAUCAAAGGUGACAAGAUUUACUGCAGACAGGAUUAUGCCAGUGAAUUUGGAAUCAAAUGCUCUAAAUGCAAUCGGAGGAUACAGGCAUCAGACUGGGUGAGGAGAGCCCGGGACAGAGUGUAUCACCUCGCCUGUUUUGCAUGUGAUGCCUGUCAACGCCAGCUUUCAACAGGAGAAGAAUUCGCCCUGACUAAGGACCAAAUAUUGUGUGUACGACAUGACAUAUCUCGUGUAGUGUGUGACGCGGGGGAAGUGAGCUGCAAACAAAAGACCAAGCGGGUGCGGUCUUCUUUUACGGAAGAACAGCUUCAAAUACUCCAAGCCAACUUUCGUAUUGAGAGCAACCCAGACGGCCAAGCUUUAAACAGAAUUGCUCUUAUGACGGGCAUCAGUAGGCGUGUAACACAGGUCUGGUUUCAGAACGCACGUGCCAGGCAAAAGAAGCAACAAUUGUGCAGCAACCAGACAUCUCAGCUGAGCUCUAGUUGUCUUCAUGUUCAAUGGUCAAGCGGAUCAGAGGGCCAGUUCAGCGACUCUACGUCAGAGUAAAGAUUCCCUUGAUCGUUCCUUUACAGCAAGAACUGUGUUAUUUUGUUAAACUAUUUAUAAAACUGUGUUACUUUUGUUAAAACUAUUUACAA